GUGUGACACCUGACGAGAGGAACUGCGAAAUGGUGGCCAAGUGCCAGCCGGGAGGCCCGGCGAAGACGAAGAGGGAGGAGGCGCCAGUCGAGCUGGGCCUCGGAACCUGAUUAAUAAUAAAUAAUAAUGUGAUGUGGGACGCGCUCACCAAGUACCGGUCCCUGCCCCCCGCGGGGCUCCCCCGUCCUCACCCUCGUUCCCCAGAGGAGGGCACCGAGGCAGAGAGAAGCGGCGGAGCCGGGAUUCGAUCCCACGACCUCCUGCCUCCCAGGCCCAGCGUCGCUUCUCGGAAGCCAUUGCGACCAGCCCUGGCCUCAAGGUCGAGGGCCGUGGCGAAUUACCCCCUCCCCCCCCGGUCCUUCAGAUGCCUGAGCUUUAAGAUAAACGUCCGGAUUCCGGACGGAAGGCCCGGCGGGGGUGGAGGCCUUCCCCCGCCGGCCAUCUGUUUCGGUAGAAAGGUGAUGUCCUAUCCGGCUGGACGGGGAAGCGCUUUAGAAGUGAAAAAUGCCCCUGGCAAGACGUGCCGCUAACGUGGGCCUUUUGCUUUUGUUUUUCAACCCCCAGAGCGGCAAUUCGCAACGACGAGUUUGCAAAGCAGCGUAACGCCUCUGCCCUUUAAGUGUUUAGUGCUGGCCAAAAGCACGGAGCUAAGCGUGGAGAUAAAAGACGAUUUGUGGGAUGUGUUAAGGGUCUCUUAUUAUGCUCGGGAGAGCAGAUGAGGGAACUGAGGCCCAGAGAAGUGAAGUGACUUGCCCAAAGUCGCACGGCUGACGAGCGGCGGAGCCAGGAUUAGAACCCACGACCUUAAUUCGUUGCAGGAUUCAGAAAGCAAGAGAUGGGAGAACGUAUGCUCGGGCUUCCCUUGCACUGCAGACAAGAAACCACCGUGGGACAAUGUCACCUCCCUGCUACUAAUGCAUUGUUUCAUUAAGCUAAUGUUCUUGGACAACAUGCUGUUAUUCUAUUGCUGAGAUUCUUACCUUCUAGAGGUGAUAAAACCACUGUCAUGGCAUCGAUCGAUGACCCUGGGGAAGUGAGGGAGGGCUUCCUCUGCCCUCUGUGCCUGAAGGAUCUGCAGUCUUUUUAUCAGCUUCAUUCUCACUAUGAAGAGGAGCAUUCCACUGAGGACAGAGAUGUCAAAGGGCAGAUAAAAAGUCUGGUCCAGAAGGCGAAGAAAGCAAAGAAUAAGUUGCUGAAACGGGAUGGAGAUGACCGAACAGAAUCUGGGACCCAGGGAUACGAGUCUUUCAGCUAUGGAGGGGUGGAUCCGUACAUGUGGGAACCUCAGGAACUUGGUGCUGUGAGAAGCCAUCUUUCCGACUUUAAAAAACACCGAGCUGCCAGAAUCGACCACUAUGUUGUUGAAGUCAAUAAAUUAAUAAUCAGGUUAGAGAAGCUUACGGCAUUUGACAGAACAAAUACUGAGGCUGCUAAAAUAAGAGCAAUAGAAAAGUCUGUCGUGCCUUGGGUCAGCGAUCAGGAUGUUCCCUUCUGUCCAGACUGUGGGAAUAAAUUCAGCAUUCGCAACCGCCGUCACCACUGCCGCCUGUGUGGAUCAAUCAUGUGCAAGAGGUGUAUGGAUCUCAUCGGUCUUCCCUUGGCAAGCAAGCUCACCAGUGCUAGCAAAGAGGCCUUGACCUCUCAUACCAGUCCCAACCAAUCCCCUAACAGUGUCCAUGGCUCCCGGCGGGGCAGCAUCAGUAGUGUGAGCAGUGUGAGCUCUGUAUUGGAUGAGAAGGAUGAUGACCGAAUUCGCUGCUGUGGACACUGUAAAGAAACCCUGCUUAAGAGAGAGCAUCAGAUUGAUGAGAAGGAAUACAUUCCUGACAUUGUGAAAUUUUAUGAGAAACUGCGAUAUUACAUGGAAACAGUUGAGCAGAAAGCUCCUGAAUAUAUUAGGAUGGCAGCAUCUUUAAAUGCCGGAGAGACAUCCUACAGCCUGGAACACGCUAACAAUCUCAGAGUAGAAGUGCAGAAAGUAUAUGAGUUAAUAGAUGCUUUAAGUAAGAAGAUUUUAACUCUAGGCUUGAACCAGAAUCCGCAGCCACAUCCAAAAGCUUUGCAGCUUCAGAGAAUGAUAAGAUACUCAGCUACACUCUUUGUACAGGAAAAACUGCUUGGUCUUAUGUCCCUACCAACCCAAAAGCAAUAUGAAGAAUUGAAGGAGAAAAGGAAACAAGACAUGGAAAAAAGGAUGCAAAUGGAGAGACAGGGUGCCCUGGAUUCUCAAAGAAGAGCGGACGAGAGGCAGAAAGACUUGGCGAUUAGAGCUAUGGCCAAUGGUGAAGAGGUCCAGACCGGAGGAAACAUCCUGAGGAAGUCCGAAGGCUGGCUCCCCACCUCUAGCGGGCCCCGCCAAAGUGAGAUUUCGGAUCCCCUCCUCCAACAGAUCGACAACAUCACAUCCUUCAUUAAGCAGGCAAAGGCAGCCAGUCGGCUCGAUGAAGUCCGCAUGCUUCAAGAGAACCUGCGCCAGCUCCAAGAUGAGUAUGACCAGCAGCAAACGGAGAAGGCUAUCGAACUGUCCAAGAGGCAGGCCGAGGAAGAGGAUAUGCAGCGGGAGCAGCUCCAGGUGUUGAGGGAGAAGGAAUGGGAAAGGGAACGGCAGCAAGCAGAAUUUCAGCCCUCGCAGACUUGCUCCGAGGCCAGAGAAAUCAAGCCAUUUCAGCUAGAGACUGGGAAAGACCGCUGGAAUCAGCUAGAACCAGCUUUGGACCUGGAUGCCCCUCAGCUCCCUUCUCCCAGUGCAAUCCAGGAAUCCAUUUUUGAAGCCCCCCAGCAGAGCACCAGAUUGCAACAGAAUGAGGUGGCUGCCUGGAACCCCUUUGAGGAACAGGAGGCCUCCAAGGGGGGAGAGAAAGACCCCUUUAAUCCAUUUGCUGAAGACCUGUCUCCCGGGGCUUCCUCACCGGGCCCAGUCCUCCCUGGCAGGAAAAAAGAAUAUAAUCCCUUCGAAGAUGAGGACGAGGAAGCAGCAAAUAAUGGAAUCGACUCUGCUUCUAAUCCCUUUGAGGAGGGCGAACGUUUACCUCGGAAGCCUCCGGGCCCUUCAGGGCCCAGCAACCCAUUUGAGAAAUUGGCUUCUACCAAUCCUUUUGAUGUGGAUGACGAAAAUGGGGUGGAGACCGAGCUCAUAGAGGAGGAUCUGCUUCUCCAGCAAAUCGACAACAUCAAGGCCUACAUCUUCGAUGCCAAGCACAGUGGCCGCCUGGAUGAGGUGGAGGUGCUGACCGAAAACUUGAAGGAACUCAAGCGCACGCUAGCCAAGCAGAAGGAGAAAGACAACUGAUGGAAGCAAGGGCAGUCAACGUGCCUGCUAAAUUGGCCGCGCUAAGGCACCGUUACAGCCAGUGACGAUGGGGAAGAUGGGGUUUUUAAUGAAUGAAGGGGAAGAAUUAGGAUGCACAGGUUAAGAUACCAUUUUGAAUUUGGGGCCCUGCACUUUGAUUACAGUGUUUCCACUACAGUUUAAUGAGGAGGUUAAGAGCUCAGCAAUGAAAAACACGCUAUGACUGUCUUCCUGGUCUCGGAUUUUUUUUUUUGGUCUUUUUUACUUUAAGGGAUUAUCAUUUCGUCAAAAACAAAAAAAAGACAAACAUGUAACGAAGUGCAAUGCAGCUUUGUAAGAAUGCAGUAGAAAGUAGUUGGGAGCAGGGAUCAACCUGGCCACUUCUCUUCUGCCGGACAGUAUUACAGGUCAGUUGUAAAAAAAUGGCCUUCCGCUCAUCAGAGACUGCAGUGAACUCUUCAAACCUCUGUGAGUCUGAAGCCGGCGGGAGGGGCGUUCCGUCCCUAGGCACUGUGUCUUCUAAAGGCCUGCUGAGCAGCUUGUGCGAAGGAGAACGACAAAUGGGUGGAGUUCACAGUAUCUUCUGUAAAUCAUUAUUUGAGGACUUUUGUCUCCAUUUGGGAUACUUUGUAGCCCUCACCUAGCCCCUAUCCAGUGCCCCACCCGCUAUCAUGUCUUCUGAACUAGCUCCUGAACUUGAGGAGGUGCCGACACUCCCGCACAGCCCACAACCAGGGAGCUGCAUGUGAUGUUCAGUAGGAGGACUGUUAGCUAAACUUAGUACAAACCAAAGUGCAUUUUAGAAAAUAGUAUCUUUGGAGAAAGAAAAUGUAAUCCCUAAUCAUGUCUCUAGAACGUACAAAAGAACAAAAAGAGCCUUUGCUCUGUGGCUUCUGGUGGGGAGGACAGCGCAAAGCUUCCCUAAAGUAAGAAAAAGGUUCCCAAGUCUUUAAAAGAAAUGUUGACUUCAAUGAUGUGGAUGAGAUGUUUUUCUGUACAUUUUUAGUAGCGAGAGAAUCAAAUGCCUUUGGUUUUUAACUCAACACGGGAUCAUUGCAAUAACACUAGAAUAGUUUACUCAGCAUGGAAGGAUCACGGAUAGAAAAUGAAGCAUUUAAGUUUUACCUCUGGUGAUGUGGUUCUGGGAAGCCUAAUUUAUUAAAAUAGCACGGACUUUACAUUUUGCAUAAUCAAAGAUGAAGUCUUUCCUACUUCAAAUCUGUUAAUGCAGCAGUUGAAUUCCUACCACAGAUAAUCUCUUAAUGAUGGUGAAAGGGUUUAGACUAACUUAUGACUUUGUUGAUUCUGAUGGACAUUUGAGCUGUGAAGUCAUAUGUUCCAGGUGGUUUCGCUCCAGGAAAAAACCCCAACAUCUGUACGUACGAAGCUGCUAAAACCAUUCCCUAACCGUGGUCACCCCUGCCCCGGGGAAAACGGUCAAUAGCGGGGAGGAAGAUUUUUCCCUGGAGCAGAGGGGGUAAGGAUCUGUUUAGGAACUCAUGAGAUCUUAUUGUCCCUGUGAGGACAUUUUUUUAACCUGUAAAUUCCAUUUGAUCAAUUCACUGACUUUAUCUUUUAAAUCAGUAGUCUCUAAACUUCUAGGAAGAGAUAGGGGUAUGAAGACUCUUUUGGAGGCUGUAAAAGCUAAUUGAAUGUACUGAAUAAAACCAAUUCAAUCCCUCAGCUAAACAUAAAACUCUGUUCGAAAUCCGAGUACUCCAGGAACCCUAUGGCCAUGGCCAACGCACAGUAAAACAAUCAGGAUUUACGAUUCCGAAGAAUUUGAUCUACCCCUCAAAUUUGGGACCUCUGAAAAUCAAUCAUGCAGUUAUCUUGAACUCUUUUGACAACCCACUUCUCAGACCAGCUGCAGUGUCUUCAAAUGUGGAACCAUUUCCCUUUGUGGAAGCCUGUUAAUGGGUUUGAAGCAAAGCAGUUUCAUUCCCCUAAGUCAAAGUUGUUACUGGAUGCAGUGGGAGGGUGGCUUUUUUUUUUUCCUCCCUCAUGUCUGAUCUAAAAAUGGGAUAAAAACUGUAUCGGUAUUUCAGUUUUUCAUCGACCGAGGGGCGACCUCAUUAUAUCUAUUGUAACUCACUUGUAUUUUACAGCUUAAUACACUAAACAUACUUACUGUAUGUGUUACAAUGUUACUUCUGCUGUCAAAAUACUAGGUUUAUACUUCAUAAGUAAAAGUCACGUCCAGUGUAGUAGACCGCACGCCUUAUUAAGGAGCUGCAUGGAAACACAAACUGUAUUAAACAGAACUGGGCAUCUCAUCCAAAACAAUGUAGUGUUUGUUAAAAUCUGCUCUGCAUGUACUACUCCUGACAUCCCUGUACCAAGACAUUUUUUAAAAAAUAAAGUAAUGAAUGCUAA